UGACGUCAUCAUUGUGCGUCAUGUUUACUGGUUAUUCUUCUGGCGUCAUCUCAAUUAUUUUACUGGAUAAAACAAUUGUCAAUAGGGCAUCCAGCACUGAAUGAGGUCUAGAAUUGUCAUAGAUCAUUCCUCCGCGUGGAGCUGAGAUGGGCCAGCAGCUUUCUGGCCAUGCAGUGAGCAGACUGCCUGAGAAACUGAUCAAACAUGUGGGGCUAGUGCGUGACAGUGGCUACCUCACCUAUGAUGAGUUCUUGGGUCGUGUGGCAGAACUCAAUGAUGUAACUGCUAAACUAGCUUCUUGCCAAAAGAAACAUCUUCUGUUUGAAGUGCAGCCUCAAUCUGAUUCAUCAGCAUUAUGGAAGGUUGCUGUGAGAAUAGUGUGCACCAAGAUUAACAAAGAGGAUGGAAUGGUGGAGGCCUCACGCAUUAUGAACCUGUACCAGUUUAUGCAACUCUAUAAAGACAUCACUAGUCAGGCUGCUGAAGUCUUUGGGUCUCAGAUGGGCGCAGAGGGUUCCUCUGGACAGCUCUCGUCACAAGAUACCUGCCAGGCCAGCAUGUGGAUGGGCAGGGUCAAACAGUUGACUGAUGAAGAAGAAUGCUGUAUCUGUAUGGAUGGAAAAGCAGAUCUUAUUCUACCCUGUGCACACAGCUUCUGUCAGAAGUGUAUUGACAAGUGGAGCGGUCAAAGCCGCAACUGCCCCGUUUGCCGUAUUCAGGUGACUGCUGCUAAUGAAUCGUGGGUCAUGUCAGAUGCUCCCACGGAGGAAGAUGUAGCUGGAUACAUUCUCAAUCUUGCAGAUGAAGCCGGCCACCCACACAGACCUUAAAAUGAAGCAUUGUGCCACUGUCAUGCUCACUCUCUCCCAAUAACCUUCUGUAAAUAGUUAUUUCAUAGGAUGACUAUGGGACUGAGUAUUUGUUGCACUGUAUAGUGUCUCUCACUGGAGGCAAUAACUGCUGAAUAAUUAGACUUUUUUGAAAGCACUUUUUAGGUUAAUGCACCACGUUAUGACACCUAACCAGUUCAUAGACUGUGAACAUGCAUUCUGUAGAUAAAUGCUAGAUAACAUGUAGCUAUUGAACAUCUUUGCCUUUAUUGUUUUUAGCUCGUGGCACUUGCUGUUUUAUCUUGUGUGUGAAGUAAUUGCACUUAAUUGUGUUUGUUUCGUAGAGGCCUUGUCCAGUAAUACCUGAAGGAAUUGUUUCAGUAUCAGCUUGUGCAACAAUUUAAUGGUAUGAUUGAUGCUACAACUUAGUCAUACAUGAUGUGGUAAAAUUACUGUACAGUUUAUUUGAAUUAUAAUAUAAAAUUGAAUAACUUUAGUGAUAUAUUUGAAAUGAACUUUUUACCUCUCUGUAAGUUGGAUUAAAUGUUAAAGGGAUAGUUCGCCCAAAAAUGAAAAUUCUCAUCAUUUAGUCACCCUCAUGCCAUCCCAGAUGUGUAUGACUUUCUUUCUUCUGCUGAACAUAAAUGUAGAUUUAAAAGAAAAUUUCAGCUCUGUAGGUUCAUACAAUGCAAGUGAAUGGUGACCAGAAUUCCAAAAGCUCCAAAGUUGAGAUAAAGUCAGCAUAAAAGUAAUCCAUCAGACUCCAGUGGUUUAAUCAAUGAAUUCUGAUGUGAUCCAGUUGGUGUUGGGUGAUAACAGACCAAAAUGUAACUCCUUUCUCACCGUACAUCUUGGCAUUGCAGUCUCUAGCCACGAUCAUGAGUUCAAGCUUGAUUACACUUUCUAGUGCUGAACGCAUGCACAGAAUGUUAGAUGGCACUAUAUGAAGUGUAAACAAACCCAAAUGGGUCACUUAUGAAGACAUUGAUUUAACCACUGGAGUCUGAUGGAUUACUUUUAUGCUAAUUUAUUUCCUUUUAACUAAUUUUGGAGUUCUGGUCACCAUUCACUUGCAUUGUAUGGACCUAAAAAGCUUAGACAUUCUUCUAAAUAUCUUAAUUUGUGUUCAGCAGCAGAAAGAAAGUCAUACGCAUCUGGGAUGGCACGAGGGUGAGAAAAUGAGAAUUUUCAUUUUUGGGUGAACUAACCCUUCAAUUAUGGGGCAUGGCUGGGUUACAUCCAACAUGCAUAAUUACUUUGAAACAUAAUUAGAUCUUUUCAUAGGAAUUUGUACUUUAUUCUACAGGCUAUGACUGGAGGUUAGUUUUCUUUUAAUAGUUUUUUUCCAGUUUGACAUUCUAAAAUCAAGACUAUUCAUUUUGCACUUUUGUGAGUAUGAGAGAGACUGUGAAUUGUUAUCAUUAAAUUAUUAAUGACAUGUAUAGUUAAAAUGCUAUAUAAAAAUGUUAAGUAGUAAUUUUUUAAUAUUUAAAGCUGUUCAUGAAGAUUUAAUCUACUUUUUCAAUUUUAUUUCCAUAAUAAUAUACUCACAGAUUUAUAGAGAUGAAGUGACUGAAUGUUAAUAGUUUUAUCAGAGAACAAAUUACACUAGUUGCAGUUUCUUCUAUGAUGGUGUGUUCUAGGACACCUUUGGACUUUAUGUAUUGGAUUGGGGUGUCAGUGUUCUCAGUUCCCUCUGGCUUGUGUAAAUCUCAGAUAAUAAAGUGUAAUGAAUCA